UCCUUCCCCCCGGUAUUCUCCUGCCGCCGCGAGGCAGCUUUCAGCAUCAGCAUUUUUUAUUUUAUUUUUUUUUUUUCCUCUUUAUUUGAUCCCGUUUCUCCCCGCGCUCGACACGGCGGAGCCGCAGCCGGGAGCACCGCGCCCGGCCGCCGGGAGAGGCUGAGCGAUGGCCGAGGGGGAAAUCACCACCUUCACCGCCCUGACCGAAAAAUUCAACCUGCCUCUGGGGAACUACAAGAAACCCAAACUCCUGUACUGCAGCAACGGGGGCCACUUCCUACGGAUCCUUCCGGAUGGCAAAGUGGACGGGACCAGGGACCGCAGCGACCAGCACAUUCAACUCCAGCUCAGCGCGGAAAGCGUGGGAGAGGUGUAUAUAAAGAGCACCCAGUCUGGGCAGUACCUGGCGAUGGACACCAACGGGCUGCUCUACGGCUCGCAGUUACUGGGGGAGGAGUGCCUGUUCCUGGAAAGGAUCGAAGAAAACCAUUACAACACGUACGUCUCCAAAAAGCAUGCAGAUAAGAACUGGUUUGUAGGGCUGAAGAAGAACGGGAGCAGCAAGCUGGGGCCGCGGACUCACUAUGGCCAGAAGGCGAUCCUCUUCCUCCCGCUGCCCGUCUCAUCUGACUGAGCCCCAGCCCAGAAGCUCAGAGACAACCCUGAACCCCAAAACCCAACUGCUGCUUCCUCCUUUUCCCUCACGCUCUCUUUUUGGCUAGUAUGACAGAGCCAAAUGUUAGAGCUCCGAGCUUUAAGUAAAAGCUUUACCAAAAGUAGACAAAGGAGAUCUCCUCCGCUCUGCUCAAAGCUUUGCAGAGAUGAGGGGAAAAGCCCCAACAUCCCUCAAGCCCCACCAGCACCCCCCACCUCUGCUGGGGGCCACACACAAACCUGCCCAGGGCCAGCACCCAGAAAUGGGGCCAAGGGCACCCCAAGGACAUCCCAGUUAUCAGAGAAAUGCCCGCUUUCACUGUCCCCGGCCAUUCUAAGGCAAAACCUCCCUGGAUACUCUGUAUUAACAUAUAUUUAUCCACCCAAAUAUGUAGCUUCCAAUAUGCCCUUCUAACAAUUUCAGCCUGCACCAGCAGCCCCGUUAGCGCAUGGCAGCCUGGUUAAAUGCUCCCUAAUAUCUGCGGCACGUUAAGCUAAACGAGCAUCAGCCACAAGCUCCAAGCCCUAGACAUCCCAGCCUCCCUUACAACAUGAAUAUUGCUAUAUUUCAUUCUAGUACCUGCCAUAUGUUAUUUGUAUUUAUUUAUUGAGUAAAUAUGUCUCAUCUACAAUCUGUUCCUAAGUAACUCCAGGCACCGAAGCCCCUUGGCGUUGUCCCAGGGAGGAUGGGGCAGUGGGGGAGUGACCAAGGUCUGCUGCUGAGGGUGUGAUGGUGCAGCUGGAAUGGGCUGCAUGAUGGUGACAGUGCAUCGCACCCCAUUCCUGGGGGAAUUCCACAGCCUCCCCCUCCCCCCCCCCGAUGGCUGGCUAAACGGGGCUCUAAAAUUGGCACUGGGGCCCCUUGGUGACUCCCAAAACCUUCCCUGAAGCCACGUUUCUCCUCCCCUGGCACAAAGCAGAUCUCCUGAGCGGCUUGAGAGCCGGUCCUGCCAGGCAAGAGCAUCACGGGAUCACCACGCUCUGUCCCAGCACAUCCUCCCCGGGCACUUGCAGACACCCGUGGGGACCGGGCACGAGCUGCCCGGGGGGACGGGCCAGCCCAGGCACCACUGGGACAAAGCCUUGCUGAGUCAGCGCUUCUCUCAUCGCUUCCUCCUGAGUGGCAAGUGCAUUUUACAGCGAGUAGUCUCAUGUGUAGACCAGCCCAAAGCCUUUAAGUAACCUUUUCCUGGUGAUACUGCAUUAAAAAGUAAAUUGGGAAUAGGUUUAAUUCUGUGUGACUGGUCACGGCCCGGCUGAGGUGGGGACACGGCCAGGGGUGCCACUCUCGAUGGGAUGGAUUCGACAGCUGAAGAAGGAAAAGCACCAGAGUCCUUCACUUCAGCAAGGCUGGAGCCACAGCCCGUCCCCACGGUGGGGGAGCACUGCUGAAACUCCCCACGGGCUCAGACCUCUGGGUGGUCUCAAGCUGUAAAUAAAAGAUGCUGGUACAGUGGCAGAACAAUAAAGUUUGAUAGGAAAUAUUG